AUGUUUAUGGUGUGUCUGGUGUUGCAGGUUGUUCAUGGUGAGGAGGAAAUAAGAUGCAUACCAGAGGAGAGGGAAGCACUUCUCCAAUUCAAGGGUGCCUUUGUGGAUCGCAAUGGCAUGCUCUCAUCUUGGUCCACUCCUCACUGUUGCCAAUGGCAGGGGAUUCGCUGCAGCAACCUCACCGCUCACAUUCUAAGCCUCCUCCACCUGCAUGGAGAGAUGGAUGAUUAUGAAUAUAUGUUAUCUCGUAGCCUUCUCUCGCAACGAUAUAUAAGUGGAAAGAUCCACAAGUCAUUGCUGGAGUUGCGAGAAUUAGAGUAUUUGAACCUCAGUUCCAAUUCUUUUUCAAACAGUCACAUCCCAGAGUUUCUUGGUUCUCUAAGAAACUUGAAAUACCUUGAUCUCUCAUCAUGUGGUUUUGGCGGAAAUAUUCCAAGUCAGUUUGGGUCUCUUUCUCAUUUGAAAUACUUGAAUCUUGCUUGGAAUUCUCUGGAGGGUUCAAUCCCUCGUCAACUUGGAAAUCUCUCCCGAUUAGAACAUCUUGAUCUUGGAGGCAAUUCUUUGAAAGGAAACAUACCUUCCCAACUCGGAGAUCUCUUUCAGUUGCAGUAUCUUGAUCUUCGGUACAAUUUUGAAGGAAAUAUACCAUCUCAUCUUGGGAACCUUUCAAACUUACAAGAGCUCUAUCUUGGAGGAUAUCAUGAUACUCUCAAAAUAGACAAUGGAGGUCAGUGGUUAACAAAUCUUUUCUCUUUAACCCAUCUUUUCAUGGAGUGUAUUUCAAAUCUUAAUCAUUCUCAUAGUUGGUUUCAAGUGAUUGCCAAGCUACCAAAAUUAAGGGAACUAAGUUUAGUUGAUUGUAGCCUUUCCGAUCACUUCAUUCUGCCAUGGAGGCCUUUCAAGUUCAAUUUUUCUGCUUCUCUCUCGGUCCUUCGUCUUUCUGAGAACACCUUCACCUCACCGAUGAUAUUCCAGUGGGUGUCGAAUAUUUCUUCCAACCUUGUUGAGCUUGACCUUAGUGGUAACCUCUUGGAGGGUUCCACAUCAGGUCAUUUUGGUAUAGUCAUGAAUUCGCUUAGACACCUUGAUCUCUCCUCCAAUAGGUUCAAGGGUGGGGAUAUGAAAUCCUUCGCGAAUAUAUGCACCUUACAUUCUUUAAACAUGAAUGAAAAUAAUUUGAUUGAAUCUCUCCCUUCCAUUCUUCAUAAUUUGUCUAGUGGUUGUGCUAUACACUCAUUACAAGAAUUGGAUCUCAAAUAUAAUUACAUCACAGGCACUUUACUUGAUCUAUCAAUAUUCUCAUCUCUAAAAACAUUGCUUCUUGAUGGAAAUGAUUUGAAUGGAAAGAUAUCUAAAGAUGUCAGGUUACCAUCAAAUUUAGAGAUUUUGUCAAUGAGCUCAAACUCCAUAGAAGAUCUUCCAGUGAUAAUCCAUCACUUGUCUGGAUGUGCAAGAGACACACUACAAGAAUUGAACUUGGUUGGAAAUAAGAUCAACGGUUCAUUACCCGAUCUCUCGGUAUUUUCAAAUCUUAAAGUGUUGGAUCUUUCGGCAAAUCAGUUAAAUGGCAAGAUAGCAGAAGGUAACAAAUUGCCAUCUAAGUUGGAGUCUUUGUCAAUCCGAUCCAACUCAUUCGAAGGUGGAAUUCCAAAAUCAUUUGGGAAUGCAUGUGUAUUACGCUCACUGAACAUGGCUAGUAAUAACUUCAACUGUGAGUUUUCGAUGAUAAUUCAUCACUUGUCGGGAUGUGCUAGAUAUUCAUUGGAAGAGUUAUAUCUACAUAUGAAUCAAAUCAACGGUACACUACCUGACCUCUCGACAUUCACAUCUUUAAGAGGAUUAUAUCUUUACGGAAACGAGUUAAAUGGAGAAAUUCCUAAAGAUAUUCAAUUUCCACCUCAACUGGAACUGCUAGAUAUGCAAUCCAAUUUCUUAAAAGGUCUGCUCACUGACUACCAUUUCACUAAUAUGUCUAAUUUAAAGACAUUGGAGCUAUCUGACAACUCAUUGGCCUUGGAAUUUACUCAAAAUUGGUUCCCAUCUUUUCAGUUGGAGUACAUAGGAUUGAGAUCUUGCAAACUAGGUCCAAAGUUUCCCAAAUGGUUGCAGACGCAAAAUGAAUUUUAUUUUAUUGACAUUUCAAAUGCUACAAUAUCAGAUAUUGUUCCUAAUUGGUUUUGGGUUAAAACACAAUUGCAAGAAUGGAUGAGAGUGAAUAUUUCAUAUAACAGUCUACGAGGGAUAAUUCAAAAUUUUCCACAAAACAAUCCUUAUUAUUUCAUAUCCCUUGGAUCAAAUCAAUUUGAAGGCCCUAUUCCUAUGUUUAUAAGGAAUUCUCUAUUUAUCGAUUUAUCCAAAAAUAAAUUCUCGGAUUUUCAUUCCUUUUUAUGUGCAAAUGGUACAAUUCAAACUUUGUACCAAUUACACCUUUCAAAUAAUCAAUUCUCCACACAAAUCCCAGACUGCUGGAACAAUUUCAAGUCAUUAGCUUAUUUAGAUUUGAGCCAUAAUAAACUUUCAGGAAAGCUUCCUACAUCAAUGGGAUCGCUUCUUGAUCUUCAUGCAUUGUUUUUGAGAAACAACAAUUUAGUAGGAGGAAUUCCUUUCUCAUUGAGGAAUUGCACAAAGCUAGUAAUGCUAGAUAUGUCAGAAAACAACUUAGCAGGGUUCAUCCCUGACUGGAUUGGGACAAUAAAUGAAUUGCAAAUUUUACGUUUGAAAAGGAAUCGAUUCUAUGGGAGUUUACCAUUACAGAUUUGUCAUUUAAGAAAGAUUCAACUCUUGGAUCUCUCACUAAACAACUUAUCCGGGAAAAUUCCAAAAUGCAUAAAAAACUUCACUUCAAUGGAUCAAACAACAUCUUCAAUACACAUUGAAGAUCAUAUGUAUUUUCUCAACAACAACAGUCAUUUUGCAGGCAAUCAGCCAUACUAUUUGAAUGCUGUCUUGAUGUGGAAAGGUUCAGAACAACUGUUUGAGAAUAAGUGUUUAUCACUUUUAAAGAGCAUUGAUCUUUCAAGCAAUCAUUUUUCAGAAGAGAUUCCUACGGAAAUAGAGAAAUUAUCUGGAUUGAUUUCAUUGAACUUGUCAAGAAACAAAUUGAUUGGAAAAAUUCCUUCAAAUAUUGGAAAGUUGGCAUCACUUGAUUCUCUUGAUUUGUCAAGAAACCAGCUUGUUGGUUCAAUUCCUCCAAGUCUUGCUCAAAUUUAUGGACUUAGUGUGUUAGAUUUGUCACAUAACCAUCUAACUGGAGAAAUUCCAACCGGCACACAGUUGCAAAGUUUUAAUAGUUCGAGCUAUGAAGAUAAUCUAGAUCUUUGCGGCUCACCACUUAAGAAAUUGUGUAUUGAUGGACAGCGAACACAAGAACCAAAAGUUGAAGCUGAUGGGGAAGAAUAUUCAAUUUUGAGCAAUGAAUUUUUCAUGAGUAUGGGAAUUGGAUUUGUUAUAAGUUUUUGGGUGGUGUUUGGCUCAAUCUUAUUCAAGCGUUCAUGGCAACAUGCCUAUUUCCAUUUCUUGAAUAAUUUAGCAGACAAUAUUCAUCUCAAAGUAGCGCUCUUGACUAAAGUGGUUGUUUACGGUGAAGAGGAAAUAAGGUGCAUACCAAAGGAGAGGGAAGCACUCCUCCAAUUCAAGGGUGCCCUUGUUCUUCACAAAGGUAUGCUCUCAUCUUGGUCCGCUCCUCACUGUUGCCAAUGGGAGGGGAUUCGCUGCAGCAACCUCACCGCCCAUAUUCUAAGUCUCGACCUUCACGGAGAAUAUGUCUAUUAUGGAAGCUCGCAACGUUAUAUCAGCGGAGAGAUUCACAAGUCGUUAAUGGAGUUGCGAGAAUUAGAGUAUUUGAACCUCAGUUCCAAUUAUUUUCCAGACAGCCACAUUCCAGAGUUUCUUGGUUCAUUGAGAAACUUGAGAUACCUUGAUCUGUCAUAUUCUAAGUUUGUUGGAAAAAUUCCAAGUGAGUUUGGGUCUCUUUCUCAUUUGAAAUACUUAAAUCUUGCUUGGAAUUCUCUGGAGGGUUCAAUCCCUCGUCAACUUGGAAAUCUUUCCGAGUUGCACCAUCUUGAUCUCACGGGCAAUUCUUUUGAAAAUAUCCCAUCUCAGCUUGGGAACCUUUCAAACUUACAGGAGCUCUAUGUUGGAGGGUUUGAUGGUGCUCCCACAAUUGACGAAGGAGGCCAGUGGUUGUGUAAUCUUAUUUCUUUAACUCAUCUUUACCUGCGGUCCAUAUCUAAUCUUCAUACUUCUCAUAGUGUGUUGGAAAUGAUUGCCAAGCUACCAAAACUAAGAGAGCUAAGAUUAGUGGAUGGUAGCCUUUCCGAUCACUUCAUUCUGUCACGGAGACCUUCCAAGUUUAAUUUUUCUGCUUCUCUCUUGGCCCUUGAUCUUUCCUGGAACACCUUCACGUCACCAAUGAUAUUUCAGUGGGUGUCAAACAUCACUUCCAACCUUGUUGAACUUGACCUUAGCUAUAACCUCUUGGAGGGUUCCACAUCAAGUCAUUUUGGCACGUCGCUUAAACACCUUGACCUCUCCUCUAAUGUAUUCAAGGGUGCGGAUUUGAAGUCCUUCAUGAAUAUAUGCACCUUACAUUCUUUAAACCUGUAUAGAAACAAUUUGUCUGAAGAUCUCCCAUCCAUUCUCCAUAAUUUGUCUGGUGGAUGUGUUAGAUACUCAUUACAAGAAUUGGAUCUGACAUAUAAUCAUAUCAUUGGCACUUUGCCUGACGUUUCAGUAUUCUCUUCUUUGAAAGCAUUACUUCUUGAUCGAAAUCAAUUAAGUGGAAAGAUACCUGGAUACAUCAAAUUACCAUGGAAGUUGGAGGUUUUGUCAAUUAGCUCCAACUUCUUGGAAGGUGGAGUUCCAAAAUCAUUUGGAAAUUCAUGUGCUUUGAGAUCAGUGGAUAUCUCUAGUAAUUAUUUGAAUAGAGAGUUUCCAAUGAUAAUUCAGCAAUUUUUUGGGUGCGCUAGAUACUCACUACAAGAAUUGAACUUGGCAAGAAAUCAAAUUAAUGGUACGUUAACUGACCUUUCAAAAUUUUCAUCCUUGAAAAGAUUGGACCUUUCAUGCAAUCAUGUUAAUGGUGAGAUACUAGAAGGUAACAAACUGCCACCAUCUCAGUUGGAGUAUGUGAAGAAAGAAGUCCCACAUCCGUGGGAACUUCAAUUGGGGGCUCUCCUCCUUCCUAUAAAAGGAGCCCCUCCCCCCUUAUUUCAAACAUCCCAAAUAUUUCUCCUUCUUUCUCUUUUACUUUCCUAG